AGAGCUCACUCUCACUACCAAAGUUUCAGAACUCAGAGCUUCAAAAAUGGCGAUUAUACGAAAUUUCGAUGAAUUUUCGGAAGCUCACGCUAUUUUGCUGGCGAAUUCAGGGAUCCCCUCUUCUAUGCACCAGCGGCUCUUCUUCAAGCUAUCGACUGAGGCAUUUGAUGGCGGCGAUUUCUUUGAGAUUGAGGUGUGUGAAAAUGGACGGCAGAAAAGGCUCCUCCUCUCUGGUGAAUCUAUGGAGAAGGAGGCCGAUGUCUUUUUAGUGGACCAUGCCUGGUCAUUUCGCCUAGCUGAUGCAAGGAAACAGUUUCACGUAGUUCUUCAUGUUUCUGUUAAAAUAUUACUAGUAUAUUAUUGUAAUGCUCAUAACACCGUUUUCUUCAAUUUUCAUCAGAAUCUGAUUGCUCUUAAUCUAUGGGGUAACAAGCUCCACAAUUCACACAUAGUCAUUGAGGAAAUUAAAAAGUGUCGAAAUCUACGGGCUGUUUGGUUGAAUGAAAAUCCGGUUCUCCAAGAAUGUGGUGCUUCCAUUGCUGAUGCAAUAAUGGAAGGUGCCACAGAACUGGAAAUAUAUAAUUCUCAUUUCACAAGUAAUUAUGGCAAGUGGGCACUUGGGUUCUGUGGAGGAAUUUAUGGAGUGGAUAAUCCUAGUUCACAUGAUGUGACACAUCCAUUGAAGGAUGUCAUUGCUCUCGACCUUUCAAACAGAUGCAUCCAUACUCUCUGUAACAAGGCAUUUAAUCCUAAAGAAUUGCCAUCACUUACUCACUUGAAUCUUCGGGGGAAUCCACUAGAUCAGAACUCUGUUGAUGAUUUGUUGCACUUGCUGAAGGGAUUCACAGGUUUGCAAUCUUUGGAGAUAGAAAUUCCUGGUCCACUUGGAAGAAGUGCGAUUGAUAUCCUUGAAUCUCUUCCACGUCUUUUCCAACUAAAUGGUGUCCAUGCAUUAAAUAUUUUGGAAAGCAAAAAGCAGAUAGUUGAUUCAAAGCUUCCACCACGUCUUCCUGUGUGGAAUGCUGGGGAACCUCUUGAAGAUCGUGUUAUUCGUGCAAUGUGGUUUUAUGUGAUGACAUAUAGACUAGCUGAUGAGGAGAAGAUUGAUGAAACCCCUGUGUGGUAUAUGAUGGAUGAACUUGGUUCUGCUUUGCGACAUAGUGAUGAACCCAACUUCAGGAUAGCCCCAUUUUUAUUCAUGCCAGAGGGGACAUUGGCAUCUGCUGUGAGCUUUUCUGUGUUAUGGCCAACUCAGAAUGUGCACAAGGGGGAAGAAUGCACUCGUGAUUUCUUGUUUGGUAUUGGAGAGAAUAAGCAAAGAUCCGCAAGGCUUACGGCCUGGUUUCAUACCCCAACAAAGUAUUCUAUCUCGGAGUAUGAAAAAUUCUGUCAGCAAUUACAUGCGAAUAAAUAUUCCCAUCCUGGUAUCAAGGCUUCUUUGACAACAAGUAUACUUCCAAGCAAUCAACGUUCUCUGCAUGUUUAUACGGAUGUACCACAAGUAGAGGAGUUUUUGACACGUCCUGAAUUUGUUAUAACAAAUGAUCCAAAAGAUGCUGAUAUAAUAUGGACAAGUGUGCAAGUGGAUCAGGAAAUGAAAGCCGCCUGUGGCCUCACAGAUCAACAAUAUGUAAACCAAUUUCCUUAUGAGGCUUGUCUUGUCAUGAAACAUCAUUUGGCAGAGACCAUUCAUCAGGCUCAAGGACUACCAGAAUGGUUGCAACCUACUUACAAUCUAGAAACUCAAUUGCCGGAACUCAUAGGUGACUACCAUAUAAGGGAAGAGAAAGGCCUAAACAAUCUUUGGAUUUUGAAACCUUGGAAUAUGGCCCGAACCAUUGAUACAACUAUUACCAGUGAUUUACCUGCUAUCAUAAGACUCAUGGAGACAGGUCCAAAGAUAUGCCAGAAAUAUAUUGAAUCUCCUGCUUUAUUUCAAGGGAAGAAGUUUGAUCUCAGAUAUAUAGUCUUGUUGCGGAGUGUGCAACCUCUGGACAUUCUGCUUUUUGAUGUUUUCUGGGUUAGAAUGGCAAAUAACACAUAUACUUUGGACAAAAGCAGCCUUUUCGAAUAUGAGACUCAUUUUACUGUCAUGAAUUACGGUAGAAGACUGAAUCACAUGAACACCCCAGAGUUUGUAAUGGAGUUUGAAAAGGAACACCAUGUAAGAUGGUUGGAUAUACAUCAGAGGGUUCGAGAAAUGCUUCGAGCUGUCUUUGAGUCGGCUGCAAUGGUGCAUCCUGAAAUGCACAACUCUUUUUCAAGGGCUAUGUAUGGUGUGGAUGUCAUGCUUGACAGCAACUAUUAUCCAAAAUUACUGGAGGUAUCCUAUUGCCCAGACUGUGGCAGAGCGUGCAAAUACGAUACGAGAUCGGUUUUAGGCAGUGGCGAAAUCAUCAAAGGUCAGGAUUUCUUCAACCAUGUCUUUGGGUGCCUUUUUCUUAAUGAAUCAUCUCACUUCACUCCACUUUGAGCAUGCAUCCGAGUCGGCUUUCCCCCUUUUUAUGAAAAAAAAUCGCCAAGAUGUCCUUUCAAGGUUUUCUUUGGCCACGCUGAUCUUUUGGCAAUCCACCCAAUACUUUUAGUUCUGCCACACUAGUAUGGGGACCAUGAUGGAUUGCUUUCGAUGGAUUACUAGAAACAUGGGUGGCCAAACCACCCCUCUCAUAAUUUUACUGUUUUUUAGGUAAUUUAAGAACACUUGUUAAUUAUUAAAAGUGGUUGUUGUACCAUAAUUUUACAGUUUUUUUUUUUGGUAAUUUAAGAACACGCGUUAAUUAUUAAAAGUGGUUGUUGGGUUUUUGUUUUUUA